AUGUCAAGCGUAUACUUAUACAAAAAAAAUGCUAUACCGGAGUACAUUCUCGGGUCACUGCCCGUAAUUUUAACGAUGGCUAUAGCACCAUUUUCUGGGGGUAGAAAGCUUUUGCACAUAAUACUAGUUCUAAGUAGUCCAUUCUUGGGCUUGCUCUACCAUUACUUCUUAUUCUUGAGUAUGGUGGAAAAGGAAAACUUCGAUAGCGUUUUGUACUGGCUCAAGACAAAGCGUUUUCCGGGAAAACGGCGAUUGUUUGGACGUGAUCACCAGGAAAUAGAUAUAGACGACCUUAAAAAAAACGUAGACUUGCUAAGAAUACUCAAAGGUUGCAUGGGAAAUACAUUGCACGAUCGAUAUACGUCAGUGGUAUCGAUAUUGUAUAUCGGUUUCGGUGUUUAUGCUGGAAUAUCCAGAGUAAGAACAAAAGGCUCAUGUCCUAGUGAAGAUUGGCCAAACAUUCCUUUAUUACUGCUUUGGACUGUGCCUGCUAUACUCGUGAGAGCAUGCACAGAUAAAGUGGUAAUCAAAGAUCCCGAAAAGGAGUUAUAUAAUAAAGUAAAAGAGGAGUUAGAGGACGAAGAAAUGGAAAAAUUAUAUAGAGAAGUACAGGCGGAAUUAUGUGAUGCAACGGAGGAUAAAAUAACGGAGGAAGUUGCUAAGAGAAAAAAGGAGUUAGAGGAAGAAUUAUAUAGAGAAGUACAGGCGAAAUUAUGUAAUGCAACGGAGGAUAAAAUAAUGGAGGAAGUUGCUAAGAGAAAAAAGAAGAAAUUGGAUGAUAGGACAAAUGAGGAAUUAGAUCGUAGGAUAAUGAUAAAAGUGAAAACUGAGAAUUCAGAAGAAGUCCGAAGACAUCUUAAAAAAGUGUCAUCGAUUUUCAAGCCUACGCCAUUUACUACUUCCUCACCUAUAAUAUUACAAUUGGUACCGGAAUCUAAUAUAGCUGUAACAG